AUGGCUCGCACCAAAAACACAGCUAUGGACCGCAGCAAGAGCGUGCACGUCAAUACAGCACGCAAAGGACAACAUGCACCUCGAAAGACGAUUCUUUCCAAGAAGACCGUCGCACGCAAGGCUAUAUCGAAAUCUGAAAAGGCCGUCACCAGACGUGCCCGACCCGGCUCCCAGGUUCGCAAAGAGAUCACUAACAUGCAGCGCAGAGUCACUAGCGUCAUCCCCAUCGCCUGCUUUCAACGCCUUGUACGUGACAUAACGUGUUCACUUCCCUCAGGAGGAAACGAAAUUCGCUUCCAAGCCCAGGCAAUCGGCGCAUUGCAGGAAGCAUCCGAAGCCAUGCUUUCCCAGGUGCUUGGAGACUGCCAAAUACUGGCAAACCACGCCCACCGCGUCACGAUCAUGGAUAAAGAUAUACAGAUAUACAUGAGAAUAGUGCGUCCUCCAUGGAUGAACGGCAUUCAUGGAAGUAUGCUGUAG